UUAAUUAAAAAAUACCUUUUAGAUUGAAAAAAUUGGAACAAAUGAACAAACAUAUCUCUACAGGAAAUUAAUAUAUUUAUAUUUGCAUAUACUUGGGUCACCUGUAGAAUACUUAGUCACGUGGUCUUUGAUAUUGUGAAGACAACUAAAACGUAAGAUGGUCGUUCAAGAUAAAAAGUUCGGUCAGAGAAAAAUCGCAGAAAAUGAGGAUUUUAAGUUUGGUGAAAACGUAGAGAUGGACGAACAAUUCUCGAGAUCCAACCUCGAAAAGAAACACAAGAGCAAAAAAAAGCACAAAAGCAAACACAAAAAGAAAUCAAGCAAGGAUGACAUCGAAAGCGAGGAGGAUGGUAAGAAGAGAUCUGAUGAAAAGAAAUCAAAAAGCGGCAAACAUUCGAAGGAACGUUCAAAAAAGAAAUCUUCUCAAAAUGAUGUCCUUGAUGCGGCCCUUGAAGAUUUGGAGGAGCGAAGAAGAUUUUUGGAAUCACAACUCGCUGCCGAAGAUAAAGAUGACGGUGAAGUUAAAGUAAAAAACUGUAAGACGAAAUUGGAUUCUCCAAGAGAACCUACUCUGGAGAAUUCUCAAAGCAAGAGAAAGCAUGAAGACGAUUCUAUUUUAUCAUCGAUAAACGAGGAGUUUUUAGGCAAAACAAUCGAAGUUAAAAAGUCUAAAAAAACAUCGGAGCUAUUUGUGGAGAAGAAGAGUGAAAGACGCGAGUGUUCUAAAGAAAACGACGCAGAGGAUGUGAAAAAAUCCCACAAAAAAUCCACCAAGGAUAAACACCACAGUUCAAGAAAAAGAUAUUCUUCUCCUAUAACUGAAAAACCAUCUAAAAAAGCCAAGGAUUCCAGUCGAUCCUCGGAUAAAAAAUACUUAGAAACUCCGGAAUCUUUAACAAAAACAAAUUUAAGUAAAGAUAGACAUUCCAUCAAGACAAUCAACGACAAAAUGUCAACGUCUAAACAGAUUAACUAUAUAUCGUCUGAUGAUGAAAAACAUUCUACUAGAAGAAGGUCAAGCAAAAGCCCCAAGAGUAGAAAUGUGUCUUCUACUGAUCAGAAGAAGUCGUCGAAAACACAAGAUGAAGAAGAAAAAUCAUCUCGAAAUGAAAGCAUUGCUCAUUCACGUAAAACGUCUAAAUUAAUGAACUCUGAACAUGAGUCAAACGGUAUUGAAAAUAUAGAAAUUAUAGACGUGUUUUCCGGAAGUGAUGACUCGCCAGAAAAGGAUAAAAAAUCUGUCCCGCAAAAACCUUUAUCAGAAAAUGUUUCGUUUGGUUCCCUCUCUCUAAGUAAAGAUAAUGACGUUUCUAAGGAAAAAAAUUACCGCAGCGAUGAAAUUGAGAAUGGAAAAAAUAAAUCGUCUUCAAAACAAAAAGACGGCUAUAGAGGUCGUAGUCGUUCCCCGCGAGAAAAAUCCAAAGAUAUCCAUCGCUCGCGGGAUCGAUCACGUGAGAGAAGAUCACAUGAAAUAUCGCGAGAGCAAAGAUCGCGUAAAAGGUCGCGUGAUAGGUCACAUGACAGGCGAUCUCGUGAAAGGAGAUCACAUGAUGAAAGGUCGCAUAGCAGGAGAUCACAUAACAGGAGGUCUCGUGAUCGGAGUUCACGUGACAGGAGUGCACGUGACAGGAGACGUGGUAGAAGCAGGUCGCCUCGUCGUUCGAAAAGUAACAAAUCAAAAAAUGAGAAGACAAAUGAUUCAGAGAAAGAGAAUUCAGACGAGGACAUGGUCAACUUUGAGAUGAAGGAAGAUGACGAAAACGAGGAUGAAAUUAUCGAGAAACGACGCCAGCAACGCCUUGUAAUCCUACAAAAAUACAAAUCACAGGAGCCGUGUGAUUCACCGGCCGUGUCAGCGGUCAGUUCACCGUCAGGCAGCGAGUUGAACACCAGAAUACCAUCCUCCAAGAGUAUUCCCAAGACGUUAGUGUCAAACGAUGAUAACAAUGACAAGAACCAAAACAUUUCAAAGAGCGAGAACAUUUUCGAUGUCGAUAAACCCAACUCAAAACACGAGGAGAAAGUUUAUGAACUAUCAGACAUGUUUGCUGAUGAUUAUAAGGCUCCAGAGGUGUCCCAACUAACUGUAAAAGAAAACGAAGAUCCAAGUUUAAUGGAUAACUGGGAUGACGCUGAAGGAUAUUAUCGAGUGCGUAUUGGAGAGUUACUGGACAAACGGUACGAGAUCUACGGUUAUACUGGUCAAGGUGUCUUCAGUAACGUCGUCAGAGGGCGUGAUCAAGCACGUGGAAAGCAAGAUGUUGCAAUUAAGAUAAUUAGAAAUAAUGAAAUGAUGCACAAGAGUGGUUUAAAAGAAUUAGAGAUUUUAAAGAAACUCAAUGAUGCCGAUCCUGACGAUAAAUAUCACUGCAUCCGUUUGUUUCGCCAUUUCUUCCACAAGAAGCAUCUUUGUCUUGUUUUUGAACCGAUGAGUUUGAAUUUACGCGAGGUGUUGAAAAAGUACGGACAAAACGUUGGGUUACACAUCAAGGCUGUUCGUUCUUACGCACAACAAUUGUUCCUCUCGUUGAAACUUAUGAAGAAAUCAAGCAUCCUUCACGCUGAUAUUAAACCAGAUAAUGUUCUGGUUAGCUCCAACAAGCUCGUGAUCAAAUUAUGUGACUUUGGCUCUGCAUCGCACGUGUCUGAUAAUGAAAUCACUCCGUACCUUGUCAGUCGAUUUUACAGAGCUCCUGAAAUCAUCAUGGGUAAUAGCUACGACUAUGGUAUCGAUUUGUGGUCUGUAGCCUGUACUAUCCUCGAACUCUAUACGGGAAAGAUAACUUUUCCUGGUAAAACCAAUAAUGAGAUGUUGAAACUCAUGAUGGAGGGAAAAGGAAAAUUACCCAACAAAAUGAUCAGGAAAGCAAUGUUUAAAAGUCAACAUUUUGACGAAAAUUGUAAUUUCUUGUAUACUGAAGUUGAUAAAGUAACACAAAGGGAAAAAGUGACAGUGAUGUCUACGAUUAACGUUACAAACGAAAUCACGGAGUCUCUACUCGACACUCACAAAGUUGAAGAUAAUCUGAAACGAAAAGUCACACAGUUCAAAGAUCUUAUCGACAAACUCCUCAUCUUGGAUCCAUCCAAACGGCUCGCCAUCAAUCAAGCUCUCACACAUCCGUUUAUCACAGAGAAUGGCGAUGUGAACGCGUCUCAUCCAUCGCGGAAGAUGUGUCAACAGAAACGACGCAUGCGCAGUGUUUAGAUCAUGCUCUCGAUCACGUGACCUGAUCUUUGCAAUGAACACGAAAGCAUACGAAAAUAUUCUCCAGAGAACCGUCCUUGAGACUACAGCAUUCCCAUGGUGCAUUUGUUUCGCUAGCCGUAAAUGCUUAAGAUUGAAGAGAUUGUGAUGAAUGAUUGUGUAAAGAUGAUGUUUUGGAAAUACAUCGUAGACGAACUUGUCAAAUUGAAGUUCAUCUUAAGCUACGUGUUGUGGACUUCAGCUUGAGUCUCAAUACAUCGCCAACAUUUUCGUAAGUAUUUUGUAUUGAGGUAAGGGCGAAAGCUCAGCUAUGUGUUUUGCACUUCAGCUCGAGUCUCAAUACAUCGCCAACAUUUUCGUAAGUAUUUAGUAUUGAGGGCGAAAGCUCAGCUGUGUUUUGCACUUCAGCUCGAGUCUCAAUACAUCGCCAACAUUUUCGUAAGUAUUUUGUAUUGAGGUAAGGGCGAAAGCUCAGCUAUGUGUUUUGCACUUCAGCUCGAGUCUCAAUACUUCGCCAACAUUUUCGUAAGUAUUUAGUAUUGAGGUAAGGGCGAAAGCUCAGCUAUGUGUUUUGCACUUCAGCUCGAGACUCAAUACUUCGCCAACAUUUCCGUAAGUAUUUUGUAUUGAGGUAAGGGCGAAAGCUCAGCUAUGUGUUUUGGACUUCAGCUUGAGUCUCAAUACAUCGCCAACAUUUUCUUAAGUAUUUAGUAUUGAGGUAAGAGCGAAAGCGGGUUUUGCAUGAUUUGUUUCAAUUGCAAAAUCGAAAUGUUUAAGUAAAAAAUUUUCAUUUGGAAAAGUAGUUAAAUUCAGUAGUUUUGAAAGUCGAUUUGAUUACAUAACAUGCUCUUUAGCUUUAAUUUAUGAUCAAACUUGCAUCACAAGUACUAUUGGGAGAUUUCACAGCAUGUACGUGUGAAGUAUGGCUGAGUUGGAUGUGCCAGAUAGCCGGUGGGGGAUUAUUAAUUACGGGAUUUUAAGUCCAGUGUCUAUUCCACCCAGGAAGUUCAAUCUCUUGAUGACGUCAGCGUUCCUUGCGCUCCUUUUCCUUCGCAUUUCCCGCUUGUUUUUUUAACUCAUAGUAUCAACAAUGAAGAAUGAAUUUAAAGUUCAAACUUCGUGGUUUCUGAGCGUCGUGCAUUUGAACAGUAGAUCGUACGGUGUUUAACAGCAUAAAUGGUCUAAAUUAAGAAGAUUUAACUAUUCCUGAAUGGCAAAAACUAAUUAUCUCUAGGUACAACGGGCCUCUCCCGGACCAGUAGGCCUCAGUGUACGUAGCCUACUGGAUAACCUUCCACCACCACCCCCCCCCCCACCCCCACUGCAGAUAUCACUUUACUAGAUACCAAAUUGAACCAAAUAACUGCUGACCGAAUCAUAUCGGAUGCCGCCGUGAUUUUCAAUCAAUAUUUCCGUAUGCUAGUAAUACAUAGCAUUAUUUAUAAUUAGUUCAGUUUAACAUCAAGGAAAUGAGUAGAAGGGGCUGUGAGUUGAAGGGAUUGCGUGUUGAAGAGGUUGUAGAUGGGAGGGGUUGUGGGUAUGAAUAUUUGUAUGUAGGAGGGGUUGUAGAUGGGAAGGGUUGUGGGUAUGAAUAUUUGUAAGUAGGAGGGUUCCAUGUAGGAGGGGUUGUGGGUAUGAAUAGUGGUAUGUAGGAGGGGUUGUGGGUAUGAAUAGUUGUAUGUAGGAGGGGUUGUAGAUGGGAGGGGUUGUGGGUAUGAAUAGUUGUAUGUAGGAGGGGUUGUAGAUGGGAGGGGUUGUGGGUAUGAGUGGUUGUGCUUAGAAGGUAAAAGCUUAAGUAAACGAUCUUUUUUCUUUCCAUUUAAUUUACCCAUUUAAUAACCAUUUUAGAGAUGACAUAAAUACUCUUGUAUUUUUGACAUUAUUAUGACUUGAUAUUUUAAUUUCUUCGAUAAAAUAGAUUUCUUGGAAAUUUAACUUUCAUGUUUUUACAUAUGUUUCAUUUAAUACAAACUACUACCAAACCAGUCGAUAGGAAUGUCAAGAUGGUAAUUUUGGUUUAUACAUAUCGCAUUUUAUAAUGAAUUAUGGCAUCCACGAUGAACGCUGCAGCUGCGAUAAAUCCAAAAAUCUAUAUCAAAAAGAUUUUAAAUGCAUUCAAUUUGUCCAUUCAUCUCCGCUGGGCAAAGCUCUGUUUGCGCGCAGAUAUUUAUGUCCAUUUAAUGUGAAAUGUACGACAUUGUAGAUCAUUAAAAAAAUUAUGAUGAUUUACCA